GUAGCAGAACAAACAGGAACUCUGAAGUUUUGCCUAGCGUUGCAUUGCACUUGUUUCUUUUACAAGCUGUUUCCGUUGGCAUGUUGUCUUCGGUAUUUGCUCUCAGCUGUUUCCGUACUUGUGCUUUCAAAGAGCAUGUGACAGUGAGCGUUGCAGAAGGAAAAGUAGAUGAGCCAGUGAAACAUGGACUCCACUGUUUGUUCUGUCCUCUAUUUGCCAUUGCUGUGUUUGCUUGUAAUAUUGGAAGCUUGUCUGCCCUCAUUUGGAGCUCUUACAGUCUGAAUGUGAUUGUGGCAGUGGUUGUAUGGUGCAAAGCGUAUUAAGGCCUGUGGAGUUUAAACAAAAGAAAAAGGUACAUGCUGUAUUAAAACAGUUAUAGUUGUCUUCUUUUACAUCUGACACUGUCAGUGAGAUGGAUCCUCUCACGCAAUGUGUUAUCAUAUUAAUAGAGGGAAUAAGUUUCUGGCUGAAAUAUGUUCUUACAAGACUAUGGGAAGCUUUUCCAGCAGUCAAAAACCAGAUAGUAUCCCCAGGUGUCACAGAUAGAGGAUCAUGCAAAGCAGACUCAGAGGAUUGGAAAACCAUUGAGGCACUUUGCACAUAUCACCCUAGAGAUGGAGAUGAAACCAUGGUUACAGUGCAAACCAGCACAUAUGCAUUCCAUGUGGACAUUGGGAGACUCUCCCAGUGUAGUGAGUACUUCCGAGCCUUGUCCCAAUCCAGAAUGAGGGAGACUUCAGAGAGAUUCAUCUACCUGGACCAUGUGUCCUCCUCCGUCUUCCACAAUCUCCUUGAGUUCUCCUUCCACAAUAAGUUUAAAGUCCCUCAGGAGGAGUUGGGCACACACAUCCAGGUCAGCAGCUAUCUCCUGGCUGAGGCCUUCCUCUCAAAGUGUCUGUCAGUCCUCGAACUCAGCCCAGGAAACUGUCUGUCCUACCUGGCUCUGGCUCAGGAGAUCUGCUGUGUGGAGCUGAAGAUGACGGUGUUUAUAUACCUGACUAGAAACCUGCUGGAGCUGCCUCACCUCAUAAAGUGUCUGAAGGAUCCAGAGAAGGAAGAAGUUUUUCACCUGAGGAGUACACAAGGAGACCGACGUCUGUGCAGCCUUAGGAAAGAAAACCUUCAUACAUGGAAAGACCCGGAAACUGAAUGUGCCCGACACAUCUUCACCCUCAAUGGCUCAGAGGACAGCGGUGACUGGUAUACAGUCACAGAGCUUCCUUUCACGGCUGAUAAGUGGUGUUUCACUACAGUGGUGCUGUAUAACUACCUGUAUGUAAUUGGAGGUUACCGGCAGCGUGUGAAGAGACGCUGGGAGUUCAAGAUGGCCUCCUCAAGGUAUAAUCCCUCCACUAAUAGGUGGGUUUCCACAGCUCCUAUGAUAAAGCACAGAAGGCACUUCACUGCAGUGGCCUGUGAAGGCUUUAUUUACGCUGUGGGAGGCUGGUACUUGGACUUACUGGUGACCCCAGACUCCAGCACAGCUCUUUACACAGCUGUAGAACGCUAUGAUCCCUGGGAGGACACAUGGAGGUUUGUCGCCUCACUGCCACUCAUUGACUUCCAGUUCACCAUGUCGUUGUCCUAUGAUGUGCCACUUGCCACUAGCUUCAGAGACUGUCUCUACGUGUUGGGGAGCAUCCAAAGGACUGGAGAGAAAUUACUACUGCAGUACAACACGAGGCAGGACUCCUGGUCUGAGCUGCUCCCCACGCUUGCCCGAGCAGAUGCAGACCUCCAUACUCUGUAUUUCCUGGGUGCCACUGACAGGCUGGUUAUAAUUGGUGGGAACAACUCAGAAAAUGUGGUGACAUCAUUCUGCGUACAGUCAAAGACAUGGGGACAGGUGCACAGGGCUGAGAAAGUUGCAUUUGCAGGACAGGGGACAGUUGUAGGGAACCAGGUCCUCAUACCAAGUAUAGAGCACAAUGCUGUUGCAAGGUUGGAUCUUCAAACUCUCUCGCUCAGCGUUUUUCCUCCUCUUCCCAUCUCCACCUGCUAUGAAUCUGUCUUUUAUCUUCACUUUUAAUGUUAGCUUUCUUUUUCACCUUCCUGCUCAUAUUUUAUGAAUAUUUGGAUUAAUGUUAUUGUGCUUAAGUCCCUCUCAAGCACAAAGAGAUAUUCUCCCUGGAUAGAUAAACAUUGUUUGUCUUAUCUUCUCUCUAAAAUCUCAGUCCUCCAGUUUAAAGUUAACUAGUAAGAGAAUAUUAUUGUUAAACAUAUACCUAAAUCACUGUAUUACCCUGGAUAAAAGAAAAACUAAAGAAUAUUAACCUAGUUUUAAAGACAAAGGAGUGCUCUGUGUGUACAUAUAUAUUCUGUAUGUAUAAAGGCUAUGCUGUUCUACUUUGUUUGGAAAAAAUGAAUUUGUUUUUUUAUUCAUUAAUAAAGAUUAUUUAAGAAUAAGGACCAAGAUAGGGUGUGCUAAAAAACCCAACCCAGUCUAAUAUUACAGUAUUUAUUAAUAUUUGAAGUUGUAAUGGUUGGACCAAAAACUAGUUCUGCCAAAAUACAUUUCUCUAUCUCGUCUCAAUGAAAACCAUUAACUUCCAUUUAAUGGAGGCAAAAUCGAAAUGCUUGAAUCUGCAGAUUAAAAUCUGAGAUCUGUAUGCUGUUUUUUCUAUUACACAUAAUUUUAUUAACACGCUUAAAUAAGCCCGCUGGUGGCACUUUUAUUCAUUGAAAGGAAACAUCAAAUUGCUCUCACUGCAGUAGAUUCAGUUACAUAGCACAGAGCUCAAGCCAAAUGAGGUUAGGUUUUGUCUAUGUUUGGUGUCUUGUUACAAAAAGAAAUAUGUCACGGUGAGAGAGAGGAACA